AUGUGGGCCUUCGCACGCGAGCAGGAGCAAUAUUUGCUUGCGAAAAACAACGUGCGGAAGAUCCAAGACAAUCUUGAAGCAGAAAAUGCGGAAAGCAUUGUCAAAAACCUUGCACAACCGAAUAGAUCUUUAUUAUAUAACCAAAAUGAAGAUUGCUUUAUUAAAAUACCUUUACUAUCGGAAUUCGAAGCUCAACAUCUCGAUGAAAUUAAAGCAAUGAUGCAGAAAUACGAAAUAAAUCAGGAAGUUGAAGAAUCAUCUGAGUCUUCUCCUUCACCACCACCAACAAUUCAACUUGAGGCGCCACCACAUCAUGAAAGAGGACGUCCUCGACGCAAUAGCAAUCUCAGACAAAUUGCUGAACGAGAGAAAAUCAAACAAGAAGCAGCUAAAACUCAAGAAGUUACAGAAACAGAUCUAAAACCCCCGCAACCAAUUAACAUGUCCAUUACUGCUGAGGUUAAAGAUAACGAAAAAUCGUCUGGUAGUAAUUUUGCAAAUCAGUACGUUUAUAAUCGUCCUUCAGCAAGGCUCGAGUCACGUCCAACUCGCAAAGAAAUAUUAGCGCAGAAUUUUCCUGACUAUUUAAUCAAAAUAAACUUAAAUCCCAUAAAUUCAAACGCUCCUAUCAAAGGUAAGCCCGGCAAGAAAGGUAAACAAGUCACAGAAGAAUACAUAAUUGAGAAAAUACUCGGAAUUACAAACUAUCAAGCCGCAAAAACGAAACCAACAAAAUAUUUGAUAAAAUACAUCGACGUUUCAUAUCUGCAUUGCGAUUUAAUUACAAGAGAAGAAGUCCUUGUACGCGAUGGCGGCAAGAACGCUCUAAAAGAAUUCGAAGCCGCGAGAUUAAAACGACCAUUAUCCAGAAGUUUUAUUUUCCAAAAUCUCUUGGUUGUUGAUAAUUCCGAAAUAGAGCCGAUGUGGUUUAACCUGGAAAGGAUCAUUGAUGAAAGCAAUGAUGACAACAGAUUGGAAUAUCUUGCCAAGUGGAAAGAUCUUGAUUACGAGCAAUGCACGUGGGAACCAAAGACAUUUAUUAAGUCAGAACUUGUCAUUAAACAGUACAAACAACAUAUUGACGGAACAAAUAAAAGAAAAAUUCCGUCAAGAUGGAAACGACCAACAGAAAAAGAAUUUAGCCCUGUUAAACAUUGCGAUGACUCAUUAACAGGAUUAAACCUCUCAGAUCAGAUGACAAACUGCAUAAAUUUCCUAAUUUCGGGUUAUUUCAGACGCGAAAACGUAAUUCACGCUGAUGUCUCGCCAAGACUCCAGAGAUACCAAGUGGCUGCUUCCCUCGACUAUUUGACCGACCAAACAAAAUUCAAUGGUCCAAUCUUGGCAUUAACAGAUAAAACGGCUUUGAACGAUUGGAAAGAUGCGUUCGACGAAUGGACUGGAUUUAAUUCAGUGGUGUGCAGCGGAGCAAGGAAAUCCUUGACUGCGUUGGUAGAAACUGAAUUUAAUGUGGUCGACUCAAACGGAAAGCCGCAGAACUCAUUAAUCCAAGCAGAUGUAAUUAUUACACCAUACGAAACAUAUAGAGAUAAUCCAUCUGUCUUCGAUGGCAUCGAAUUCAGAGUUUUGUUAAUUGAUGCAGUCAACUUCGACCAAUUCUCAAAGAAAUGGGUCCAAUCGAUUAGUAGUGAGUACAUUAUCGUUACAAUUCCACAUACUGUUAAGGAAAAAGUUUCAGAUAUUUAUGAUAUUUUGCAAUUCACGAAUCCGAACGUUUUUAAGGACUCAAAACACAAGUUCUUCUCACAAUUUGACUCUUCUGAUGCUACAACUUGCAAGAAAUUGAAUGAUUUCUUAAAACCUUAUUUAAUCGAGCAUUCAAGCAAAGAUGAAGAAUGUGAUUAUCAUAUGAUCGAAGUUGAGCCAUCACCUGCACAAGUUCAAGCUGCUCUUGACGUUAUUUCGAACAGCAAAGAAAUUUUAAUGAAUCCGACCUCAGAAAACACCACAGCCCAGCGUUAUAUAUUUACUCUUCUCAGAUACAUAUCAGACCACCCAUCAUUGGUCUUCCAAAACUCCGAGCCAAAAGAAUUAAUAAAUUCUUCUGGCAAAUUCGUCUUCAUUGACAAGAUCCUUCACUCCAGAUUUGCCGACAAGAAGAAGUUCCUCAUAUUUUCGGAGAUCCCAGACUCCCUUUCCUUAAUUGGUCAGAUGCUCGAUAACUUAGGCAUCCGAUUCAUGAAGAUGUCUUUCAAUCAGACCGAUGACGAACUCAAUGCCGCUAUCGAUCAGUUCGACGAAGACGAAAACAUCAAGGUUUUCUUGUAUAGUUCUAAAAAAGGUGCCAGAAAAAUUGACACUUCAGUUUUUGAUAGAAUUAUACUUUUAGACGACGACACAUUCCAUUUGAGGAGUGGCCCCAAGAUCCCUAUUUUCCAUUUAAUCACAAAAUGCUUCCCAGAUGAAGCUCUUUAUUCCAGAAAUCUUUGUUACGAUGAAAAUGCGGUUUUCACUUCACCUCCUGAAGGACCAUUUCCACCGCACUCAUCUGUAUUAUCCUGUUUCAUUCUUUCGACUUAUUUGAAGUUGUUGAACUGUUCAAACAAGGAAUAUCUCAGUUGGACGAACCAUUCUGUUGAAGAAACAAUUAAAAAGUGCAAACAUCAGAAUGUCGGCCACAGAUUAGUUUCUAUUUCAGAACAAUACAACUUCUACAUGAAAUCCGUCGAAAACACAACAGAUAACAUCAAACUCGUAACAAGUUUGAUUGAUAUCGGACCAAGAAACCAUGCAAAUGCUGCAAAAUGCAUCAGAUCCGCUUUGCAAGAAAUACAAAAGAGAUCUUUGGAGCACAAAGAGAAAGAACUUCUCAAGAAUGUUGUUAAAAAGAUGACAAUUGGCGAAGAUGACAAUGUUAAGUUCUUGGUUGACAACAGCUACAUUUCUCAACAGGCUUCUUUGAUCAUUGAAAGAACUUUAUUGUUCUAUCAAAUACAAAGAGCACUUUUUGUUUUGACAGAAUUCACGAGAGCUCCAAGUUUCUGUGGAUUCCCAAUUGCUACUGUCUACUGUCUAUUGUAUUCAGUAUACGCAAAUGGUAUAGUUGAAACACUGUCUGUUGCACAAGAAAAAAUUGAUCAGGUCAAAGAUGAAUCUACAUUUGUCACUUUUCUCAAAAACGUGACAAAUGAAAUCAAUAGUACAUAUAGUCCUAGUGACGAAUUCUUCUAUUUAGACUAUAUUCCGAUUCCUCCCGAGCGAUGGGUAUUGAUUGUCAACAGUUUCUCAGAAAUUUUAUCAGAAAAAGUUGUAGAAAGUGAACCAGAAAUUCCUGAGAUUAAACCGAACAAAAACGACAUCAUUCCUCAAUCCGCUGGAGAAUUGGACAAGAAGAUCAUGCUGAAUCUCCAUAGGCAUCCUUUCGAGCCAAUGCCGCAAAAGAACGUGAAACAAGUCGUUGAUUGCGUCUUCUCCACAAUUUUGGACAUCGGACUUCCUUUGAGCGAAUCCGGCGAAAUUGAUUGGAAGAAUUUUGCUUCAAAAGUCGGAACGAAUUCUGAUGUUGACAAAAUCAAAAACAUUGCAUGCCAAAUUGUUAAAACAUGUGUAGCAGUCAUGCAACAAGGAAAAGAUUACGAUCCAUCAGAAAACGAAUCCCUCAAAGAUUUUUCACAGAAAAUUAAUAUCCAUGUCGCCAAAAAUUUGAUCCAAACAAUUAGAAUUAUGUCACUUUUGUAUAAUUUAGAGUUUUGUUCAUUAUCUGACGCGAUGUCCAAAGUUCCAAAGCAUCCAAGUCUCCCUAGUUGGUGGACAUUAGAUCACUUCACUUCACUUUUCGAAGUAACCAGAAAAUAUGGCACUUUUUCAUUCUUUAGAUGGGUUGUUGACAAAAAUCUUCCAUUUGCGGAACACAUCAAGAAGAGUUAUCUCCCGAAUUUUGAAAAUACUGCAGCAAGUGAAGUGAAAGGUGAACUGAAAUCUGCCAGCGAAAUUCCUAAUAAAUUAGGAGACUUCAAUCUUCUCGUAAAGAGGAGAUUCAGACUUGGAAUUUGUCUGUGGGCAAUUGACCAAUUAGGAAAAACUUUUUCACAGGCAAAUAAUGUCAAAAAUAACGAUGAGUCAUUGAAAAUUGUCAGUUUUGGCAGAAUUGUGUCAAAUGACAAUUUCAACUGUCCAUAUUGUCCCUAUCCAAUUGGCUUUGUUUCCGAGCGAUUGUUCAAAGCUCCGGACGAAAGAGAAAGUCAAUGGUAUAGAUGCGAAAUUUCCUGCGAAUGCGGAAAUCCUUUGUUCACUGUUUCUCCUGUCGCAGAUCCAAUCAAAGAGUGGAUCGGAGCAACACCAAAAGAGGCAUGGAAGAGGGCUUUCGGAAAGAUAAAGAAAGUUGAUUCGAUAAAGUUCAGCGGACUUUGGCUGUUCGGUUUAGUUUCUGCAGCUGCAAUUAACCAUUUCAAGGAAGUCAAUGCUAAAGUUGACUCUUUGCCUGAAGCAUCUUUCAAGUCUUCGGAAGCUGCUGCUAAUUCAUUGACAAACGAAUAA